AUGUCGUAUCAAUCAAGUUGGCACCCGGGCCCGCCCCCCGAUCCUCAAGACAUAAUGAGGGACAAGGAGGCAUUGCGCCUUUUGAUUUCCCAAGCUCCAUUACACGCCAAAGUAGCAACUGGCAAGGAGAAAGAUAGGAAACCUAUUGACCCACCGCCGGUUGUCCAAAUCGACCUCAGAAACCACAACCAGAUUUAUUCAAAUUUCAUUCUAUCAAGCCCUAGUUUGUUUGUUGAGGCUUACCUCAAGUCCGGCGAGAAAAAAAGCAAAUUAGACCCCGAAGCCUGUAUAAAGGGCUUGGUGGGUACAACUGUUUCCUCUUUGCAAAAGUACAAGAGUCUCGAAGGCAAGGAUGAAGGCUACUUUGUUUUUCCCGACCUUUCUGUAAAGAUGGAAGGUCUCUUCAAGUUGGGAUUCGCCCUUUACAACAGGAAGGGCGACGACGUAUUCUUCAUGACAGAGAUUGAAUCCCCCGCCUUCCAGGUGCACACGGCAAGGUCAUACCCUGGAAUGAGCUCGUCAACCGAUUUAACCCGUCACCUCAGCGAUCAAGGCUGUCGGCUGCGGAUUCGGAAAGAUUCCCAGGUCGUCAAGAAUCGCAAACGACAGUUCCAAUACAGUAUGGACUCGGAGGAAAUGCGCAACGUCAGGCAACGUCAGAGCAUGGCCCAGGUUGCCCAGCGCUCGAAGGCGCACAUGCAGCAACAAGGCUUCUCACACCAGGCCUCGGCGACAGGAGCUCCCAGUCCGGCAUCGUCUUCUCAUGGAGGCGCACAAUCGAAUACCGCAGCAACCAUGCAACAGACGAAUCGACACCAUAUCCAGGCGCUCAGCUACGCGCACCCACAGCCUAUCCUAGCACAGCCCAUGCCUGGAAUGAUGGGAAUGCAAACGGCGCAUUCAUCAGUAUACCCGCCACCAACGCCGUCUUCCGGAUUAUCGAGUGCAUCGCUUCCUUCGACUUCCCCCACGCAGAGUCCCGACUUGGUGACCCCCACGUAUUAUCAGCUAGACUCACAAGCGGCGCUCUACGAUAGUGUGCCCACGAUCUAUAGGGCGACUCAAAAUGGUAUGGCAGAUGGCUUCUUUCCCCAGCCUCCUCUGCCUUACAAGCCUGUCCAAUUCUGGGGUAGAGAUCCAGAAGAUAGACUCAGUAGCCAAGACCAGGACCAUUACCAGGGCUAG